AUGAAAUGUGUGUACACUCGUGUGAUGAAAAAUGUAGAGAUCACACCCGAGAGAGCGAGAGAUAGAGGGAGAGGAAGGGAGAGAGAGAGAGAGAGAGAGAGAGAGCGCGAGGGAGCAUCUUGCAAACCCCCACACAGCUUGUGUGUCGUGAACAUUUUUUGGAGCCUCUGGAAAAAAAAAAAAGGGAAAAAGGGAAAGGAAAAAAAAAAAAAGAAAAAACAAAAAGAAGUCGGACUGUGAACUGACAGAAUGAUGCUGAGGGAGAGCCAAGAGGCGGCAUCAUCAUCGAGCGUUUGAAAUGUCUGCUGCAGCUGAUUUUUGGGCCACUAUGCCGGCAUUUUUUUCAAAUCCGUGCACCGUGAGAUUUUGCCGAAUAACAGGAGACCUGCACAGUCUCUGCCGCCGCUGCCGGUAUGUGAACGACCUCACUCACUGAAGGUAAUAAUAAAAAAAAAAAAAAAAAAAAAAAAAACCGGCUCGGUGUUUGCUCUUGAAUUUGUUUCUGCUUCUUUUUUUUUCUUCUUCUUCUUCUCCUCACUCUCUUUCUCUCUCUUGCAUCAAAUUUGAUGCUGCGUGAGGCUGCUGGGCGAUGAUGCAUCGGUUGGGUCUGACGGUGUGAAUACGCAUCCUAUCAAGUCUGUUUACCCUGUUAGGACCAAGGCAAUGUAAAUUCGAACAAUCGAGCCAGUUUUUCCUCACCCACCUUGCGACAAAUAGAAGAAAAGGAAAAAAAUGCCUUAUUUCGACGCGAGGUGUGAGGAUGCCUGUAGCUGUGAUUGUGUCAUUGCUGCGGCACACUCCGGAGCUCCUCGGCUCAAGUCCGACACAACUAACCUCAGCUGAAGAGAAGACAGCAAGCUGGCAAGUGCUCCACCACCCAACAUAAGCCAUACGAGCCCUUGCAUGUAUGUGCGAAAAGGCCCAGACUGACUGACACUCUCGAGGGGGGGAGGCAUCUAUUGCACUGAGGUUUUGGGGUCUUCCCAAAGAACUGCCACAUCCUCAAAUCUGUCUGAGGACCGCUGUGAGCUUACAAGCUUCCUGAUGAUUUUUGGAGGGCAGCCCUGAUGCAUUUUGUGAGUGUGAAAACUCUAAGAGCCUUUUUGCCAGGUCUGCAUCACCAGACAGGAGCCAGAGCAGACGGUAACUCUGUGUGUGUCAUGUUAGAGGCUGGACUCCUGCCUGCUCCCACCAGCUCUCAGCCAAAAUCUCUGACCUGCCCUGUCUGAGCCCUUUGUAUGAGCAUCACUGCUUUGCCACAACAGCACAACGGGAAGCAGUGUCAAGCAGUACCGACAAUUUGCAGACAUUACUGCUUGUGUGACUUCCUGAACCGGUUCCCCACACCCCCUGUCCCACCCCACAGCCCCUCAACUCUCAAAAAUAAGAGACACCGGAAACCAGGGUCAAGAUGCAGGUCUCAUUCGCCUGCACUGAGCACAACCUCAAGAGUCGCAGCGAGGACCGACUUUGUGGCCUUCGCACCGCCCCGCCACCCGGAGGAAGCAGUGGAGGAGUAGGGGGCGGUGGUGGAGGAGGAGGAGGCGGCGGCGGCGGUGGUAGUGGAGGAGGAGGUGGUGGAGGAGGAGGUAGUGGACAAGGGAGUAAUGGCAACUACAUGUCCCAAGGCUCAGUCAAGACCAGGGAGGGGUCCGGGUCCCGUCAGACUCCACAGGGCCAUGCCCACAUGAAGGAGGCCAUCGGGCGCCACACCAGUAUGAAGUACAGGAACCUGGGGAAGUCAGGCCUCCGUGUUUCCUGCCUUGGGUUAGGCACCUGGGUGACAUUUGGAUCACAGAUCUCUGAUGAGAUGGCGGAGAACCUGAUGGCCAUAGCGUAUGAGAAUGGAGUGAACCUUUUUGACACGGCAGAGGUGUAUGCCUCUGGAAGAGCGGAAAUCACUCUAGGGAACAUUAUCAAGAAGAAAGGAUGGAGGCGUUCAAGUUUUGUCAUCACAACAAAAAUCUAUUGGGGAGGCCAAGCAGAGACGGAGAGAGGACUCUCCAGAAAGCACAUCAUUGAAGGUUUAAGAGGAUCCUUAUCAAGACUCCAGCUAGAUUAUGUGGACAUUGUUUUUGCGAACAGAAAUGACGUCAACAGUCCAAUGGAAGAGAUUGUACGGGCCAUGACCUUUGUAAUAAACCAGGGUAUGGCCAUGUACUGGGGAACUUCACGCUGGAGUGCCAUGGAAAUCAUGGAGGCGUACUCAGUCGCACGCCAAUUCAACCUGAUACCACCUGUGUGUGAGCAGGCAGAGUAUCACUAUUUCCAGAGGGAUAAAGUCGAGGUCCAGCUUCCUGAGCUCUACCACAAGAUUGGUGUUGGAGCAAUGACCUGGUCUCCACUUGCUUGUGGAUUAAUCACAGGGAAGUACAGCGACGGUGUACCAGAGUGCUCCAGAGCAGCAAUGAAGGGAUACCAGUGGCUGAAGGAACGAGUGAACAGUGAGGAGGGCCGCAGGCAGCUCGCUAAAAUCAAGGAGCUCCAUCUACUGGCAGACAGACUGGGCUGCACUGCUGCACAGUUAGCCAUAGCCUGGUGUCUGCGCAGUGAGGGAGUCAGCUCAGUACUUCUGGGAGUUUCUAAUACAGACCAGCUACUUGAGAACCUGGGUGCCCUCCGGAUUUUAUCUCAAAUGAACCCUCAAACCAUUACCGAGAUUGAUGCCCUGCUGGGAAAUAAGCCACACUCGAAGAAAGAGUCACGCGCUUGAAGAUGCAAAUCUGAGUGACAGAUGAUGUUUCAAGAAGAUGAAGAAGACAAUGACAUUGGGAAACAUUGCUUUUUGCUCUGCUGUAUACUCAACAACUUGCAUGUCCUCAGCAACAUUAUGCUUCCAGUAUGUGCGCAUAUCCAUUUUGCGCAGUACAUUGUAUCAUGUAUGAAAAAAAAAAAAAUCUUUCAAUUGUGAAAAAAAAAACAGGUCAUAUAUUGCUCACUGCCGAUUGUUCACAGAUUAAUUAUUUCUACAGAGGGGGAGGCUAAAACAGGUUGGAGUGACAUGUUUCUGCAAUCCAUAGAGACCAAGAGAGGUUGAAAAAUAUUCAACAGAUUUGACUCUUGUUAAUGAAAUGUUCUAAAGUGAAAAAAACACACCUAUGUGCUAAAAAUGAAACUUUACUGCGUUAACGGUGCUUUCAUUGGAGUCCCCCCUCCCCUCGCAGCUGCCUGUUAUUCUGUAUGAUGUUUAGUACCCAGCAGCCAGAGAGCCAAAGGUUAGUACUCAUGAGUCUAGCCUAACAUCUCCCAUAGUGUGCAUGUGACUGGUCUGCCACGCUCACUGCUUUACAGGGUUGGGAACAAUGGAUUACUUGUAGAGUCAUUACAGUGAUGUGACUUUAAAAAAAAACUUAAUCCAUUCUGGUAUUACUUUAAAAAAAAAAAAGGAUCAGAUCACAUGCUUUAAAAAAAAUAGCCCAUUCAUUUAAAGCAGCAAGACAGACAGUAACACAUUUUACACUGAAAUAAUAACUGAUUGUGGCUCAAGUUACUUGAUCUAAAUUGGAAAUAAUUAUUACUGAACUGGCUUUUGAAUUAAAGUAUCUCAGUGCACUAUGUUUUUACAAUUUAAAAUUGUCAGUCAAGAAUCUAUAGUAGUUGAUUUUGAAAGUAACUUUCCCAACCCUGCUGCUUUCUCGGCAGUCUUUUUGCCUCUUCUGUUUGUAAACUGUGCGCAUGUCCCUUUAAGAGAGAAUAGCCCUAACAGGGUGUAAAUGUGGCAUGGCUUUUAUGGCUUAUGUAGAUUUGCAGUGCCCUUGUAAGCCAUUUUUUACUCUAAAUGGUCUGGCAGUUUGAUUCAGGAUGCGUGCUGGUGGGCACUUUUGCUUUAAAGACUCUCUGCAGUCUGCAGACACAGCUGUGUGUCCAUCUGACAUAUAAUCUUUGUAUUGUCCUAAACUGUAUCAAAAGAUGUUCACGUCACUUUCAAUGAUGCCAUUCUUGUGAAGAGCAUCAUUGUUCCUAAAUCAGAGGUUUGAGACAGUUGGACUAUAUGGGAAGGUCACUGAGCGUCUGACACAAAGAUCUGGACACACUGUGGUGAACUAGUAGUUUUCCAAUGAUAGGACAUAAAUGAUACGUCUGAGUUUAUCAAAUGUGAUAUUACUCUUGCCACAGGUCACUUGGGGUAAGAUUUAGCAAAUGUAACUUUUUUUGUGGAAGCCUAUAAAUAUAGCUUCUCUGCUCAUUUCUCUGGGAGUUCUCUCUCUCUGUAUUAUUUGUUCCUUUGAUUCUUGCACACAUGCACAGGUCCUUUUAUACUGUGCAUGCCCAUGUCUUUUCCCUUUAGUUUUGUAUUGAUUUCCGUACUUUGUAAUGUGAGGGGGAUUUGUUCCCUUUGUGGUUUCCCAUGAAAACAGCACUAAUCUCUGGGGCAGGGUGUGUUUUGAUACAUGAAGUUGUUUUAGCUGGCACAAGGUUACAUUGUACUGUAAAUAGGCUUAUCUGUUUCACAGUGAGAUAAAAGAUAAAGGUUACAUUUAUGAAUGAAAGAAAUUCCUGAAGGAGCAGCUGAAGCGUUGCUUCCCUCUGUGACUCUGUGAUGAUGUACAGUUCAACUGAGUGUAGCUUUCAGUGUACAUAGAUACUUCAAUCAAACCUUGAAAAUGUAACUUUGCCUGCAUAACUUAUAUUUUACUGUCUUGCAAACAAAGAGAAACCAAAUGAGAGACAACUCAUACUGAAUGUAUCAUGUCUGUUGCUCAAACCUAUCUAACCUAAAGGGACAAAGCACAUAACAUGUUUUAAAGGUAGUUUCCUUUUUGUGUUUUUGAACCUGUUACAUAAGAACCUGCAGAGCUCUCGUGCAAAUAUUUACAACAGGAUUUGGGCAAAAGGAUAUUCACAGUAACUUCAUGCAUAAACACCAUUCUGAGUCAAAAUUGUGCUCACCUGUUUAUGGAAAGUCAAAAAGAUUUUGUAUUGACUAUUCAUAACCUGAACAUUUUAGCUGAAACAGGCCAAUCAUAGCUGUUAUGUUGAACAUUAACGUCAGCUUACCUUUCAUGUUAACGUUUGGAAUAAACUGUUUGUUUGAGUAUA